AUGGAAUACGAAGGCGAAAGACGGGGCAGCAAGAACCGCGCUCUGGAGAGGUCUAUGAGCUAUUCGGCGGCGAUUGGCAACGGGUCCGGGCGCUCCUCGAUCGAGAUACCAGCAAUGGCCAACACAGAGGUCUACACCAACGAGGAGAUGAAGAAGCAAUACAGAAUAUCGCAGAGCUACGUCGAAGGCAAGGAGAUAACGUUCCCGAACGUAGUGACGAACGUGGACAGCAAACCGGCUGUCCCGCCGAGCGUAGACAGCAUAGCUACAGACUCCCAAUACAGCAGCGAAGACGACACCACCGACAACGGGCUCACGAUGACAAUAGACGUGGAGGACAGCCCCAAGGUGGAGUUGAGGCACAUAUCGGACGCCUCGACCCAGAUCGGGAGUUCGAAUGUGACAAACGAAACAUACGACAGGAUCGACUUUAUAGAGAGCGUCUACACUGACGUAGACGACGCGAUAGGCUCGGCCCACGGGUACUCCACACCGUACUCCAAGAGAUCGAAGAAGUUGAGGAAACGCAGGAGACAGCCUGGAAGACCGAUACGCUCCAGGAGGGUGGUCAACAAAACCGGCGAAGAGAAUGUGCCCGUUCGUAGCAACAUACCGGCCAAGUCGAUAAAGUAUAUGCGCGACAUCGUCAACACUGUGAUCAACAGCAAAUGGCGGUUCAUCAUCCUACUGAUGAUAGUUGCACACUUCACCUUCUGGUUCGUCUUCGCCGGCAUCUGGUACGCGGUGGCAUCCUCGUACCAGGACGACAUAGGUGAUGGGAAGGAGCACUGCGUCACCGGCACCUCGUCCUUUGCGGGGCUGCUGAUGAUGUCCGUGGAGACCCAGAUGACAAUUGGAUACGGUAUUCGAUACCCGAGUGAGGAAUGUCCUGAAGCAAUCAUCGUCAUGGUCAUAGAGAUAGUCGCCGGGACGGCGCUCUCCGGUGGGCUAUCCAGUUUACUGUUCACGAAGCUCGUCAGACCGAACAGACACGUGUCUUCCGUCGGUUUCAGCAAGAAAGCCACGGUGUGUCUUCGCGAUGGUCAGCUCUGCCUGCAGUUCAGGGUGUGGGAUUUGCUGAACCUCCACCUAAUUGGGAGCACCAUAACAGCGUAUAUGUUGAAGCCCAUUCGGACUUUAGAAGGCGAGAUUGUUCACAACUAUAUCCACCAGCUAACGCUGAAAGAGUCUCGCGCCUUCCUCAUCUGGCCAAUCACCGUGGUCCACGUAAUAGACGCUGAGAGCCCGCUCUUCGACUUCUCAGCCCAGGAUAUGAUGGAUUACAGAUUCGAGAUAGUGGUCUGCCUGACGGGUGCCUCCAAGAGUAUGGGUACAGUGACACAGAGCAGGACCUCAUACCUCUCCAAGGAGAUCAUUUGGGGCCAUCGCUUUAAAAACGUUCUAAGGUAUUCCAAGAAAAAGGAGGCUUACGUGAUAGAUGUUGAGAACCUGAACUCAGUGGAGCAAGUGGAGACGCCCCUCUGCAGCGCCAGCCGACUGAAGGUCUUCGAGGACCUAAAGCGGUCGGACACUCCCCCGCCGCCCUUCUCGCCGAUCCCCUCCCUAACCCCCACUAAUGGCUCCCAGGACUCUACCUCCAGGGUCGGCUCGGUCCCCUCCACGCCACUCUUCAGCAGGGAGGGCACCCAGCGAAGCUUGGGGUGGCAGUUCAAGAGGUUCUACCCGGAAGGUCGCGAAGGUCAAGUUUCGGAGCAGGCUUCC